UGAUUUAACUGUUUUUGGCUUACCAUUUAAAUUUGAUUUUUGAUAGUUGAACAAUUAACAGUGUUUAAAUUGAAUAUAAUGAUAUAAAAAAUACAUUAAUUUGAUCACUUGGAGAUGAUGAUGAAUAUUAUGUAUACUGUUAACCAUUGAGUAGUCCUUAAGGCAUCAGUCAAUUAAAAUGAAAAUGAACACAAAAAAGUAGUUAUUAUUCAUCUCUCUUUUUUACAGCAACAUCAUCAUUAACAUCAUCAUCAACAUCAACAUCAACAAUAAAGACAACAACAGUAACAUUAUUGCCAUAAUUACGAUUGUUAUCAUCAGCUACAAUAAACAAAUGUAAGUAGGAAUGUAAAUGAUUGUCCACAAUUGUAUGGUUUUACACUGUAAUUGGUGUCUUCUUGCUGCUGAGUUGGACUUAAUUCCCAAAAUAGAAGAUCAUUGGACUUCAACCCUUGGAUUCCGAGUCUUCUUUUUGUUCCGUUAACGCAAGUUCCUUUCUUCUUGCCCAAGCAAGACAGACACGAAGACACCAAUCUUAACAUUAUUUAUUCCUUUGACAUCUUAGUCAGUGAGAGAGAAUAAUCUCUCUUCUCUCUCUUUCUCUCUCUCACUAACACUUUCCCUUUCCUUCUCUUUCUUGCUUUUACUCUCACACAACACUCUCUGGACUAUUGUUAUUCAGUCUCAAUCACAAUUAUACAAUUCCCACCAAUGUUUAAUCAGUGUGCUUAAUCUGUUACCGUUAACGGGCUAACUACACCAACCAACAAUACCAUCUGAUUCCAGAAGUUAUCUUUUGGAUCCACAAGUCUUUGAAAGGUCUUUCAAGGCUUCUUCCAAAUAAUUGUUAACUGUUUUCAUUUUAAACAUUGUGAAUUUCAUUGAUUUUUUUGUGUGUCCAAAUCUUUAUUUGUGCAUCACUUCAAUAUCUUAAUUAUGGCCUAUGCUGAUCCAGUAUCAACCACUUCACCCUUGUUACAUAAAUUAUUGGAUAAUGUUAAAUAUUAUUAUUACGAUGUGUGGAACAUUUAUGGAGAUCCAAGAGUUUCUAAUUAUCCCUUUAUGGAUGGAGGUCCAUGGUCAACGAUAGCUCUUAUCUGUGGCUACCUUGCUCUAGUUAAAUCAAUUGGUCCCAAUUUUAUGAAAGACCGUAAACCCUAUGACAUGAGAAACAUUAUACUUCUUUACAAUGUUGCCCUCGUUACCAUUAAUGGCUGGCUGUUUUACUCUGGAAGUUGGAUAACCAAUUUCGGCCUGGACUCUUGGAAAUGUCAACCUGUUGAUCGACGUUCCCGAGAUCCUCUUGACUUGUACAAAAUUCAAUUGGGCUGGUAUUUUUAUGUGACUAAAACGAUUGACUUUUGUGAUACCUUUUUCUUUGUACUUCGUAAAAAGAACCGUCAAAUCUCUGGUCUCCACGUUUUCCAUCACUCAUGUAUGCCACUCUUUUGCUGGAUUGGCUUAAAGUUUACCCCCGGUGGUAACAAUGCCUUCUUCCCUUGGUUAAACUCUGGUGUCCACACUGUCAUGUAUGCCUAUUAUGCUCUCUCCACCUUUCCCCACCUUGCACCUUACCUGUGGUGGAAAAAGUAUAUCACUUCAAUGCAAAUGAUCCAAUUUGUUGCCGUUAUCGUUCACUCAUUUUAUUCAAUGCUAUCGCCUGGUUGCGCUUGGCCUAAAAUGUUCAUUUACUUAUCAAUUUUCAACGCAUUCCUCUUCUUCUGUAUGUUUUACUCAUUCUUCAAGAGAACUUAUUCUGUCGAAUCAUCUAAAUCAUCAUCAUCAUCACCUUUAACAUCAUCUACAUCUUUAAAUUCAUCAUCAUCAUUGUCGUGCUUCUCUUCAUCAACUAAGUGUACUUUAAAUAAUGAUCAAUUGAAUCUAGCCAAAGUUAAUUACGACUCGGUUUCUCGUAAACGGAUUUCCCAAAGGAUUGCUCAGUGUAAUGAUUCAAAUAUAAAAUAAUUAUUGUAUUUUAAAUUUCCUCUAAAUAUCUUUUUCUCUAUUUUUAAUCAGUAAACUUUUUUCAAUCCAUCCUGUACCUCUUUCUGUACUUUACCUGAAUCUUUAUUCUUCUACUUCUUCUAGAAUUUCAAUUUUCAACCCUUUUUCUUUCCUCUAUUUAAAAUAAAACAAUUUGUUCUGCAGUCAGCAAACAGAAUUAAAUU